AUGUUUCGGUUCGAUUUCAAAUUUAAACACCAAAGUAAGAACUUGAAGAGCGACGAGGGAAAUUUAAAAAUAUUGGAAAAGCUGACAAAUUUGUUGAAGAUAGAAAUCGAGUAAAAGCAAUUUCCACGUGAAGAAUUACGUUUCGGGCUGACUAUUGAAAAUGAAGAGGAGGAUUCGAAGAUCUGAGCAGGAAUACUCAAUAGACUGUUGUGCACUUUGUAAACUCAAUGAAAAUUGUCCGGACAAAUAUGGGGAGAAGAUCACACUUAAGUCACAUGAACUCACUGUGCACUACUUUUGCCUGCUGAUGUCAAGUGGAGUGUAUCAGCGUGGCGAGGAAAACGAAGGGAUCUAUGGCUUUUUGGUGGAUGAUAUUAAACAGGAGGCCAGGUACCAUUCACCCUCUUCAGCUGAGCAGGCACUUUGACGCUUGCUGCCAUAGAGAUACGAAGUGUGCAGUCUGCAAGAAGAAUGGUGCCUCAGUCGGGUGCUACAUCAAAAGCUGCCGGAAAAUGGUCCAUUAUCCAUGUGGCAAACAACACCAAUUCAUCUUUCAAUUCACAGACCCAUUUCCCUCCUACUGCAAGAAUCACAGUCCCAUCCAGUCAUUGCCAGUCUCGUCCUGUGUCAGUGAGCCCCUGUCUUGCUCAGUGUGUCUGGACCCCAUAGAGGGCGUUCUCUCCUACUCUGUCCUCAAGUGUCCUGCCUGCCAUGGAAGCUGGUUUCACAGAGACUGUGUGCAGAACCAGGCUCACAGUGCUGCCAUGUUCUUCUUCAGAUGCACUCUGUGCAACAACAAGGACAUGUUCCAGCAGGAGAUGCUCCGGAUGGGAAUCCACAUACCAGAGAGAGAUGCAGCCUGGGAGCUGGAAGAAAAUGCCUAUGGAGAGUUACUGCAGGUGUACCAACACUGUGAUGCCAACAAAUGUCUCUCCCUCAGUGGUCGGACAAACUCUUCACGCACUGGAUGGUUUCAGAUAUUACGUUGCAUGCUCUGUGGCUCAAGAGGUACCCACCGAAAGUGUGCUUCCCUCAACGCUUUUGAGACUGACUGGGCUUGUGAGGACUGUGCAGCAGCUGUGGAUGCAACAGCUUCACUACCCAGACACGCUGACUCUCCACAGCCCGCUGGGCAGAGAAGAAGCAGGUCUUCUAAAAGGAGUCUUAUCCUGACCCCUCGCCAAUCACCCAUAGUCUGUAAAAGGCCAUCGUUGUCGGGAAGCUCUGCUAAAGAGAUCCUACAGGAGCUUGCCAGUCAGAUAUCACAGCACCACCCGUCCAUGCCAGUGGUGGUGAGUGGGAACAAGGUCCUGGAGGCUGCCUUGGAGCUAGUGAAGAGGACCGACUUCAAGCCGUCCCAUGCCCUGGCAGUGAGAUUUACAAGCAGCAAGCACAUUCCCAGCCCCGGCAACACCCGACGCUUCCUCAGCCUCCUGGUGCAGCAGCUGCAAAACACCAUCUUUGAAGGUCCCGAUGGUGCCAAGAACCUGACCCUCGACGCACAAGCUCUGAGGGAGGAUGUCUACUUUGACGUAGGGUGUCUGCUGUCCCUGAGUCUGAUCCACGGGGGACCUCCUCUGGGCUUCUUCUCCAGGGCUCUAUACCAGCACCUGUUCAACUUCCCCAGGGAUACUCCUCUCACUGUGGAGGAUAUGGGCAACACUGGAUUCACAGACAAAGUCAAGAAGAUUCAGGAAUCUAGAUCCUUGGAGGAAUUGAGAGAGGCAAUGCAGUCAGCUUCAGAAUACCUGGAAGUGGCUGGGUGCAUGAGACCAGUUGACAGCCUUUCUGACAAAGACACACUUGUUGAAGAUAUUGUGAGCUUCCACCUAAUCACAAGAAUGCAGUUACCCUUCCAAAGGUUCUGUGAAGGUUUGAAAACCCUUGGCGUGUUUGACCAGGUCCAGAUGUUUCCGGGGGCCUUUGUUAGUCUGUUCUGUUCCUCUCCUGACAAGCUGACUGCUGAGACCAUGUCUGCCCUCUUCACUGUUAAGUUUUCAGAACAGGAAGAGACCACAGGGAAGGAGAGUGCUGUGGUCACCUUCUGGAGACAUUACCUAGUGGAGUGUGAAGUUGGCAGAUGUGCAACAUCGCUAGAGGACGUGCUUAUCUAUGCCACAUCCGCUGAUGUGGUGCCAGCCAUAGGUUUCAGCCCCAACCCCACCUUAUCCUUCCUCAACCCCCUGGACCCGGCCGGGGCCUUUCCCAAGAGCCAACCCAGCUCUAACCACCUGGUGCUGCCGGUGGUGCCAUCCUACCAAGUCUUUAAGAAGAAUAUGGAGUAUGCAGUGUGCCAGCUCACAGUGAUGCAGGCCAUUUGAUCACAGACCGUCUUGUUCUAUAUAAACACAGCUUUAACAGACUAUUACUGAACUUGAGGGACAUGUUUCAUUCGGAUUUUGGACUUCAAUUAAAAAGGGCUCACCUCAGACUUUUAUAGAAGAUUUAGGAAGGGUAUUUCCAUCAUGACAGAUAUGCAUUUUCUAUUAUAGGCUUCAGCUGUUGACUUUCAGGAACAAUUUUUCACUACUUUAUUAGACAGAUCGUGAUAGGUGCUACAUUUGUUUGAAUGGUAAUGUUUGUUGCUUCAUUUGGGAUUCUUAGAUUUAUUUUUUGUACAUACUGAAGUGUAUCAAUGUUUUCUGUAAAGUUAAUGCUACAGUUGAUGUUUUAGCUUCUUGGGUUGGCUUUGUAUUUUAUAUUUUUAGUAACUUUACUCAUGCCAAAUAAAAUGUUUGGGGGGAAAAUCUCAA